CGAGAGCCGAGAGGUGAAGGAACAGCGUGGUGCAACAGUCGAGCUUUGAGCUGUAUCAAAUGGUUCAGAUGCUUCCUGCAACCAACCAAGAUUCUGCUCAAUCAGCGCACAGGUUGGAUUUUCGAGAAGCGUAGGAGGAUUCGCAGUUCGAUUGUGUCUUCGAGCUUCAAAGUUCUUCUUUUGUCCUAUUUUACCGCCUUCUGGGGUUUUGUUUUGAAAGGAAAAGAACGUUGCUGUCUGUCAGAUUGUCAACUAUAAAUAGCUCUCCACGCCCAGCUCUGUAAAUUUUCAUCUUUGUCCUCGUUUUUCAUGGAUGUUCUCUGAGAAUCCGGGAUACUAUAGGAGGAGAAGGUGAUUGAAGGCCUGCCUGCCUGCCUUCUUUUCCCUCGACGACCAAGCACCGAUCUCAUCUCGCCUCUAGAGGACGGGGACUUGACCUACUUGUCGCUUCUCCUUGUGCAACUUGUUCAACAUGCCGAGGUCGAGAGGGUCAGAAUUGCCUCAGAGGAAAGCCACUCGUGCUCCAGUACAUCUCAGGACGUCUGGUCAUGAGGCUGAUCCGCUUCACAAUCGACCCACUAUUGAUCGAAGUCCAAAGGCGGGUGAGCGUCGAUCUCCACGAGGAACUCAAUCCGAUCCGUUGCAUCAAAAGAAGCUUGGCACCCGCAUUACCGACCUGGAAUCUCAAUUGGGUCAGGCCCAAGAAGAGCUGAAGAAACUGAAAGAGCAGUUGGCUUCUGCAGAAGCUGCCAAGAGAGAAGCUCAAGAAGAGCUGGAGAAGAAGGCCAGGGAGCCAGUCGCCGAGGAGACCACUAAAGAAGUAGAAAAGCCACUUCCUCUAGAGGAAAUCCAUAAUUCCAAUAGGGAAACUAGCUUCAGCAAUCCAGAAGAGAGUUGGUCAGAAACUGAUGUUUUCGAAGUUCCACUGGAUAAUAUCCCCUCUGAACCCAAGAGCGAGCUUACGAACAUGACCGAGCAAGAAGAGAAUGAAGCCGGUGAAGCUGAAGUUGGGUGUCACAUUGCUGAAACUGAAGCAACACUAGUGUUAGAGCCGGUGAAACCACCAUCGGAUGACUGGGGCUUGGUGAGUGCAGAGAUCAUGUUGCUCAAAGAGAAAUUGGCUGAGAAGGAGAAGCAAUUGGAGGUGGUUCGGGAAGAGAACGAGCUUUUGAAAAGGAAAGUAAAGGAGGCAGCAGUGGAGUCAGCUGCAUUUCUAGUUAUGGAGGAAGAAACUGCUCUGAAGCUGGCUAAAAUGGGAGAGGACCUGGAACAGAGUAAGGCGAAUGUGGCUCGACUGAACCAGCAAUUAGAGAUGGAGGAGGGAGCAAAGGCAGCAUUAGAGACAGAGAUGAAGAAGCUGAGGGUGCAGACUGAGCAAUGGAGGAAAGCAGCAGAUGCAGGUGCAGCUGUGCUAGCUGGUGGAGUGGAGAUGAAUGGGAGGGUAGCAGGGAGGUAUGGCUCGAUGGAAAAGCAUCUCAGCGAUGGUGGGUUUGAAACGGCUGGUGGGUACACUGGAUUUGUGGGGUCUCCAAUGCUGGGAGAUGAUUUAGAUGAUGGAUUUGGAAGUGGGAAGAGGAAGGGUUCCGGGAUCCGGAUGUUUGGAGACUUGUGGAAGAAGAAAGGGCAGAAAUAGAUCAUACCCGAGCCCCUCUCUCUCUCUUUCUGCACUGAGUCUGUGCUUGGUGCUUUAAGCUUACUAUUUGUGUCUUAAUUGCGAAAUAGUUGCUUACGGUUUCGCAUAUGGGCAGAUUCUGUGUGCUGCUUUAUCAUCUAGCUAGGUGUGAUAAUCGAUAUUUUCCUGUUAUUAUUGAUCAAAUUGUUUCUUGUGAUUCAACUAUGACUAACCCAUCUGGGUGUAAUUGAUAGCCACCUUUUACUAACGGAUGAUCUUAACCAUGUAGCAGUCUUACCUCCAGAUUUGAAGCUUUUGAUGGUGUUGCUGAGCUCUACUACCUAAUACAUGAUUUUAAGAACUUUGGUCGUUUUUCUUUCCAAUUUUGUUUUGCAUUUCAGACCCAACCCGGUCUCCAAAAACCCAUCAUUUUAAACUAGGAAAAGGAGAAGUUUAGCUUGCGAAUUCUAUGGUACAGAAAAGCAUGUCUUCUGUUCUGUACUAGUACUGCAGAUUUCACUUUCCACUGUAAAAUGUUGCACCCAGUUUUGUAGUGUUGUCACCUGAUACUGUUGUACA